AUGGAGUGCAGUGUGUUUUCGCCAUGCGGGAGGUACGUUGUGCACUUCCAAUCCGAUGGUAAGAGCCACCUCAAUCUAGAAGUGCGUCCGAAGCAGUCUGCCGUGCAAACUUCUGCGGUUGAGUUGAGGCCUGGAGAUGAGGGAGAGUUUAUCUCGACAGCCACUUCCCCGCCGGCCUCAGAGUCCCUUUUUGCCUCCUUAGAUGAAAGUCACGUCCAGGAACUAACCACGGCAGCGGGUGUGCGCAAAUCUUUAAAAAAUUUUUCUGAAAUGAUGUACCGUGCUCUAAUAGGACGGACGGCAUGUGUGAAAUUCUACGUGGAAAGCUGCGCUGAGAUGAAACGCCGCAUUGGACUUGACAUCCGACGUCGGCGCCAGCAACAACAGCAAGGCUCAUCUCACCAGAAGGACGAACCAAAGGAAGAGGAAGUGGCUGACGAGGUGAAUACGACAAUCAACCUUAGCGUCAACAGCGACGUAGCGGAGGAGAUUUUUUCGCAGCGCUUUUUCACCAUGGACUAUGAUGUAGACUUCACACGGGCGGUGUUUCCAAUCCCAUUGUCGUCCACGCAAGGUGGGAUUCCAGGCGGCGACGAUCAGCAUAGGGAACAUUCCCAAUCGCUUGCUUCGACGAAGAAUGCGCGGGGUGGAUCGACUGUGGAGGCGCCUGCCGACCCCAUGAACGGACCCUCCGCCCUUCAUUUGGCUCGUGCCUCCUCUCCUGGCGUAUUAGAACGUAGUUUGAGCGAGGCACUUCACUCACUGGAAAAGGCACGCAACGCGAACAGCAAGCUAAAGCGUGAAAACGAAGCGCUGAUACGACUCAGCAAGGAAAAGAUGCUGGAGAUGCAGCGCCUGUGUGAGGACUUUCAGUCCCACGUCAACGCCACCUCCGAGGUGGAAAAACUACGCGCCAAGAACACCGAGUUGCGGAUGAAAUUGCGCAUGGUCGAAGAGGAACGUGACGCCGCGCUGCACGCGCUCGCGGUGGAGCGCGGGAAUCCGUCGCGGCGCUCUCGAUCGCGAUCUCACGUGGGGAAGGACGCGGCGGGAUCGCAGCCGCGGCGGUGGCUUCUCCCCACUCCACCGCGCGGAAGUACCUCCAGGCGGGUUGGCAGCGUCGGCAGCAGCGGAUCCGCCAAGGCGAUAGGACGACGGCCUACCCGCUUCGACACCCCUCCUGCGCCCCCUCGGCGAUCCCCGCAGCGGCGAUCGACGUCCAGAGGAGGGCGAAGGGGGGAAAGAGGGGGUGGAGGGGAGGCACCGGCCCCGGACGGCCGUACCGGAGGCCGUUCCGCCCGCAAAGGCAGCUCCCGCAGCGAGGAACGACUUAGCCAGUGCGGUUCGUCCGGCUCCUCGAGGUGCUCAAGCGUUCAGCAUGAGCGACUGUAUCGAACCCCCACCGUUAGCAGCCAAUUUCGACAAACAUUAAAGUCUCCUAUUCAGCGGUAUGUAGGGGAUUAUGCUUCAUCGCGUCGCGCUGUUUUUCGCUGA